AUGACGGCAGUCGCGCUCCCCCAGAACCUCAAUCGGCAGCCAUGGAGCGCCGAGGCAGGUAACCCCAACGGAGCCUUUAUGCCGCGUAAGAGCGCCCAGCGGUCAAAUUCCAGCUCGUCGCUGUCGUCACAGGCGUCGACAACAUCAACCAUAUCCGCCGCCUCGUCACAGUCCAACGGCGUCGCGCCGCCCAACGGCACCGAUCCAGCGUGGGCUGCCCGCAAAACGAAGGCCCCCAAGGGACUAUGGCCCGCGACCAAGACUGAGCCCAUCGCCGGAAUCACAACAGCACGACCCCAGCCCGUCGCAUCGGCAGGCCCAGGCUCGUCAGCAGCAUCCGCCAUGAGUGCGCUGCAAUCACCCGCUCCUAUGGUUCCCUCUCAGAGCAACGGCGCUGUACAGGCGCAGCAACAAAAUGGCGUGCCGAGGGCUCAGGGCCAAGAACAGACCGCCGUGCUGCACCUCAUGCCCAUGAACGGCACCUUCGAACGCAAGACCAUCACCGUUCCCUUCUUUCCCGACGUCCUUCGCAUUGGACGACAGACCAACAAUAAAACAAUACCCACACCUUUGAACGGCUACUUCGACUCAAAAGUCCUCUCGAGACAGCACGCUGAAGUAUGGGCGGAUCGACAGGGCAAGAUUUGGAUCCGAGAUGUCAAAUCGUCCAACGGAACGUUUGUGAAUGGUGCUCGGCUGUCGCAGGAGAACCGGGACUCUGACCCACACGAGCUGCGGGAGCAAGACAUGCUGGAACUCGGCAUCGACAUCGUUAGCGAAGACCAGAAGACCAUCGUGCACCACAAGGUCGCUGCCCGCGUCGAGCAUGCCGGCAUAUACGCGAGAUCCGCAGGCGAUAUGAUGGACCUUAACUUCGGAGAACUGGAGAACCAGCAAAUGGCCAACAUGAUGGGGCCCAAUGGCCAACAACAACUAGCCAACAUGCGUGGCCGAACACCAAGCCAGGGUUCAAUUAACAGCCAGCGGAUGCAAGGCCCUGGCGCCAACCCUGCGUAUGGUAAUGGCAUGCAGCAGCCACGACAUCCCAACUUCUGGCUCCAGCCUAUCACCAUGGAGCAGGUAGUGAAAAAGCUGAAUGCCGAGAUCAAAGCUGCCAAGCAACAAUCACAAGAGCUCCAGCAGACCCACCAGUACAUCAACGCUAUUCUGACUGCGGAUCCCAAGAAAGACUCUACCAAAGCGUCCCCCAUUGACCCAACCAAGAUCUCUCCCAUCAAAGAUAACAGUCUGAAGGCGAGAUUCUCAGACCCUCCCGCUCCGCCACCACAGCAGCCACUGCCUGCCAAACCAGACGCCGCAUCCUCGCUUAGAAGGUCGGACACUGAGCGCCAGAAGACAGGAUCACCCGUGCGGUCGGAUGUGCAGAUGUCUUCUCUGAACGAAGCAUUGACCAGUGCAAAGAAAGAGAUCGAAUCACAAAGCGUUCGACUCCGAGACUUGGAAGCAAUGCUGACUGAGGAACGACGGGCGAGAGAAGACGCCGAGGAACGUGCCAGCCGACUCGAGCGCGAAUCAAAGCAGGAGCCCGUGGACGAAGACUUGGAGCACGCGAACGGCACCAUUGAAGAUGAUGACGCCGAGCUAAAUGAGAAGACCACGGGACUGGAGAACGGAUCUGCUUCACCAGAUGCUGCCGACGCCACUUCGCAAAUGCAACAACGUCUGGAUCUAAUGAUGAGCGAGAUGAGCGAAAUGAAACAGCAAAUGGAACGAUACCGUGAGCGUGCCGAGACCGCCGAAGCAGACCGCAAGACUUUGGCAGAAAUGAUAGAGAGCAUUCGGCGAGACAACGCGAGGGCGUCCAGUCGUGAAGCUAGGCGACGAAGCAGGACCAACAGCCCAUCGCCAAGAGCAGCACCAUCUUCAGGACAUGAUGGAUCUGAGGACGACCAUGAGGCGGAGGAAGGCGAGAUCACCAUCAUCAAGGACAAGGACCUCGACGAAGAUGGCACCGAAGAGAUACUCCGUCGAGCGCACAUGGCGAAUGGUCAUACGGUUGAGCAUGACGGUGCUAAGGUGGACGCGAAGCCAUCGAACACUCUCGUAACUCGGCAAUCAGGCCGUUCAGAUCUUAUGUAUCAUGGAGGACCAGUUGGAGCUAUGGUUGCCGUUGUUGCCAUCGGUGUAGCCGUCAUGGCUAUGCUAAACCAGUAUCCCAAGGUUGAGCGAUGA